GAUACAAACAUAACUUUAUGGUCUUAACUGACGUUUUUUUUUACUUGAUUGCUGCACAUUGAUUAAUUUUAGUAAUUAAACAGGCCCUGUGACCAUGGAUUUAAGUUACAAACUUAUCACUGAUGUGAAAUUAUCAAUAUAGUAUUCUGUGUUCCAGAAUAAUAUUUAUGAUUAAUAAUUUCACCGGUAUUGAUUAGUCUUCAUGUCCUCUGUUGAUUCCAGCAACAUAACUUCAUACCACCAAGAGGGAGCAAGAAUGGGAGACGGAAACAAAACAAAGCUUGAGGAGAUGCUGACAUGCCCGAUUUGCCAGGACAUCUUUAAGGAUCCUCGUCUGCUGCCCUGUGGUCACAGCAUGUGCAUGGUCUGCCUGGAGGGCAUGGUGGACCACUCCUCAGUUCUUCCGUUUCGAUGCCCAGACUGUAGGGGAUACUUUGGACAGGUCGUGGGGGUGCAGAAGAGCUACACACUGUCAGGCAUCGCAGAGGACUUUAGGGUGAACAAAAAGAGGGAGGACGAGCGGACAAAAAGUGUGUACUGUGAUUUCUGCCUGGACGAUAAAACUCUGGCUAAUAAGACCUGCCUGAAAUGUGAGGUGUCGAUGUGCGAGGAGCAUGUCAAGAGUCACCAGGAGCUCCAGGUGUUCACAGGACAUGCCCUGGUUAAUCCAUUGAGUGAUCUCCUGGAAAGGAAAUGUCCGCAGCAUGAGGACCAAGUUCUGAGGUACUACUGCAGCACAUCCAGACGCUACAUCUGUAACAUCUGCGCCCUGGAGAGCAAGCAGCUGAACCAGGCCACCGAGGCCUCCAAUGUCCUGCGGAGACAGCUGAUCGAGUACAUGGACCAGCACUUCCAAACCCUCGAGGAGCAAAUUCGUCAAUCCAAAAAACAGCAGAGAGACAUCCAACAAGAGUUGAGCUCUAAAGUAAACUCAGCAGACUCACACUUCAACUGCGUCACUGUGGCACUUCUCUUUCUGUGGAUUGCUGUCCUGUAUUACGCCUACAGCUACUUUAUGGAGAACCAGGCGCUCACUGAAAAACUGGACAUGCAGCAGAAGAAUUUGCAUGAAACGUACUCCUCCAUUGCAGAAUUCUUGGUUGAUCCUCCCAUGAGAAGCCACAAGCAUCCAGACACAGAGGAGCCAGGAAUUCUCUUGCUUGAUAUGGACUCAGCCAGUCCUUAUCUUGGAGUCUCCAUUGACCUCAGAACAGCAGAGAGAGUGAAACCCAGGCUCGACUAUCCCGACAAAACCAGACGCUUUAAUGAAGCCCCACAGGUCCUCUCCGCAGGCUGCUUCUCCAUGGGAACUCAUGUCUGGGAGGUGGAGGCGGAGGGAUACUGGGACAUCGCCGUGUCCUACAGGAGCAUUAAACGCAAGAGCAAACACAGCAGUGUCUUUGGAAACAACGCUGAAUCCUGGAGCCUCACGCACAAUGGCAACGGAAAGCUGUCCGCCUACCAUAAAGGAGAGAAAACUGUUAUCUCUGCUGCCUUGCAGAGCAGCCGGAUAGCAGUGAGCGUUCAUUUUGAGAAAGGGAACAUUACAUUCAGUGCUGUGAACUCCACAAUCAAACAUCUGCAUGAGUUCAAAGCUAAACUGACUGAGCCGGUGUGCCUGGGUUUGGGACUUUACAAAGUGGAUCCUCCCAGUAGAGCCUCCAUCGUCAAAGUCUCAUGAUAGUUCUGCAAGUUCUUCUCUGUCAGAAUCAGUUUUCACUUUUGCAAAUCAAAGCCAAAAAACAAAAUCGACUCAGGAUUAUAUUUUUGUAUUGAGAGGUGAUUUAUGGUUUUUACAAUGUGUGAUUAAUUAAAUUAUGGAUAUUUUAUGUCAACAUGAAUGUAUCUCCAAAUCAGCUUUUAUAAAGAUGAAGGAUGACGAAUGCUGGAACACUGAAAACAUGUAUUUUCUCUACGUUUGGGGUGCUUUAAAAUGCAGUUUUUUCCCCCAAAAAAGAGUGAAUUAAAUCAAUAAAAGUAGAUCAACUUUGUCACUGA